AUGGAUUCCAGCCUUCCAUGUUUGAUUGUCUUCAUCCUAACCAGCGUUUCCACAUGCAUUGGAGAUGAUCGCCAGUACAAUGACACUAGCCAUCAUGAGUAUUGCAUACUUGGAGCUGGGCCUGCUGGACUGCAGAUGGGUUAUUUCCUCUCCAAAUCAAAAAGAGACUACGUUAUCUUGGAGAGAAACUCUGGACCAGGCAGUUUCUUUCACAAAUAUCCCCGACACAGGAAGCUCAUCAGCAUUAAUAAGAUUCACACUGGACGUCAGAACCGAGAGUUUAAUCUCCGCCAUGACUGGAACUCAUUGUUGAGUGAUAACCCCAAGCUCCUGUUCCGUGAAGUAAGCACUGAGUUUUACCCACCGGCUGAUGCCUUCCCACUCUACUUGUCCAAGUUUGAGACAGAGCUUAGGUUGAGGGUCCAGUAUGGCGUGGAUAUUGGAAUGAUUAGGGCAUCUGUGUCAUCCACCAGAAGAGGUUAUAUCCUAACUGAUCAAAACGGAAAGGACUACAUGUGCAGGGUUCUUCUGGUUGCCACCGGUUUGUGGGUUCCUCAGGAGGUGAAUUUUGUCGGUUCUGACCUGGUCGAGGGCUAUGAAUCUAUCUCCACAAACUCUGAGGACUACAAGAACCAGGCUGUGCUGAUUCUGGGCAAAGGAAACUCUGCUUUUGAAACAGCCCAAAGCAUCUUAGGACAUGCCAGUCGGGUUCACAUGGUUAGCCGCAGCCCAGUCCGACUUGCCUGGCAAACACAUUAUGUUGGCGAUCUAAGGGCUGUGAAUAAUGAACUCAUAGACACAUACCAGCUCAAGUCUCUUGAUGGGUUGGUAGAAGCCAGCCUGGAGCGAAUAGUGAUUGUUCAACAAAAAGAAGAUGGGAGGAGGAAAUUAACCAAAGAGAAGAAGGGACAAUUGUAUGUGACAAUAAAUAAGUACAUACAAAACCAGUCAGAGAAAAACAAAUCUGAUGUGACAGCUGAAGAACUGCUUGGGUAUGAUAUUGACAAUUUCUCCAUGCGGAAACCCUACGAUCGAGUAAUCCGAUGCCUUGGCUUCCGAUUCAACUUCAGCAUAUUUGACAGCUCUGCGUGUCCACUCAACAGUAAAAAUGCAAAAGGGAGGUUGCCACGGGUGACAGCCUGGUAUGAAGGUCACAACACUCCUGACUUGUUUGUACUGGGAACUGCUGCUCACUCCAGAGACUACCGCUCAUCAGCCGGUGGCUUUGUUCAUGGAUUUCGCUACACAGUGCGAGCUGUGCAUCAUUUGCUUGAGCAACGCUACCAUAAAACCCAAUGGCCAGCUACUAGGCUGUUGACAACACAGUUGUUGCCUGCAAUUUUGAAGAGGGUGGGCGAGGCCUCUGGACCCUACCAGAUGUUUGAGAUACUAGGAGAUGUGAUAUUGCUGAGAGGAUCCUACUGCCAGUAUUUAGAGGAGUUCCCUCUCCAGGCUUUGCCACAGUUCUCUUCUCUCUCGGGUCACGAGGUAUCCAAGCAUGGACUAGUAGUUGUAAUGAUGCAGUAUGGGAAAAAGAAGAUUGAUUAUCUUGGAGGAGGCAGGGCAGUCACAGAUUGGAGCAAAGCUUGGAAAUCCAACUUUCUACACCCAGUUUUAUACUACUAUGACACACUUCCUACUGAGCAAGAGAUGAAGCACCGUCCCCAUGGGUGGCCUUUACCAAGGCCUAAGGCGAUCCAUCACAUGGUUGAGGACUUCCUCACUGAGUGGGACGGCCCCAUUUCUCACAUUCAGCCUUUGCGACGUUUCCUGGAACAUUGCAUCAACACUGACCUCAGAGCCUUCUAUGCAGAAUCUUGUUUCCGCUUCUCCCUCACCCACCGAAUGCCUCCACUGUUUUGUCGCCAGGGAUACUUGAAGCAGCAAGGCAUCCUUCAGAAAAGUAAACGGAAGCAUUUUCAUUCCACUCGGCCUUCAUCUAGUUCACAGUAUGGAGACACAUCAGGGGCUGAUGCUGCAAUUCCUAACUACUUGGCACAGGCUGGAGCGUCCAUGUCUUCAGAACUAAAACUUGACUUAUGA